AUGGCAUCACUAUCCAGCCAACAGCCAUCAAAGACGGCUAUGCGUGCUGGUGGGGGUUCCAAUACUUCUCGUGGAAACCGAAACUCAGGCGGGCAAACUGUUAAAUUUGCAAGACGAACUUCGAGUGGGAGGUAUGUCAGUUUGUCAAGAGAAGACAUUGAUAUAUCUGGAGAAAUAUUAGGAGACUACAUGAACUACUCAGUGCACCUUCCUCCCACACCUGACAACCAGCCAAUGGACUCAGAGGUCAGUCACCCUCAAAUGGCAGGAGACAAAGGCACUGCAUGUUCUAUGCCUACUUGUGAUGGCACGGUUAUGAAGGAUGAGAGAGGAGCUGAUGCAAUCCCCUGUGAUUGUAGGUUCACCAUUUGCAGAGAUUGCUACAUGGAUGCCCAAAGAGAAAAUGGUCUAUGUCCAGGUUGCAAGGAGCCUUACAAGGUGGGGGAUUAUGAGGAUGAUGCACCAGAUUUUUCAAGUAGAGAAUUGCAAUUGUCAGCCCCAGACAGCUUAAAAAGGGAUGCUAAUAACAUGUCUAUGAUGAAGAGGAAUCAAAUGGGAGAAUUUGAUAACAACCCGUGGUUGUUUGAGACAAAGGGUACUUACGGGGUUGGUAAUGCUUUUUGGCCCCAAGAUGACACAUACGGGCAUGAAAAGGAUGAAAGAUUCAAGGGAGAUAUGAUGGAAUCAAUGGAUAGGCCUUGGAAGCCCUUAAGUAGGAAAUUGCCAAUCUCAGCAGGCAUCAUUAGCCCUUACAGGCUAUUGAUUUUGGUUCGUCUGGUGGUGCUAUGUUUCUUCUUGCAAUGGAGGAUAAAACAUCCAAACCAGGAUGCAGUGUGGUUGUGGUUCAUGUCAGUGGUGUGUGAGAUAUGGUUUGCCUUCUCUUGGAUCCUCGACCAAGUUCCCAAGCUCUGCCCCAUCAACCGUUCAACCGACCUUCAGGUCCUUCAUGACAAGUUUGACACACCAUCACCAUCAAAUCCCACUGGCUGCUCAGACCUUCCUGGUGUAGACCUAUUUGUCUCCACUGCUGAUCCUGAAAAAGAACCACCUCUAGUCACUGCCAACACUAUCCUUUCAAUUCUAGCUGUUGAUUACCCUGUAGAGAAGCUUGCAUGUUACAUUUCUGAUGAUGGAGGUGCCCUUCUCACCUUUGAGGCUAUGGCUGAGGCUGCAGGUUUUGCUGAUUUAUGGGUUCCAUUCUGUAGAAAACAUGAUAUCGAGCCAAGAAAUCCUGAAAGCUACUUCAGCUUGAAAGUUGAUCCAACCAGGAACAAGUGUAGACCUGAUUUUGUAAAGGAUAGGAGGAAGAUCAAGAGGGAAUAUGAUGAGUUCAAAGUAAGAAUUAAUGGGCUCCCAGACUCAAUUAGGAGGAGAUCAGAUGCAUUCAAUGCUAGGGAGGAAAUGAAGAUGUUGAAGCUCAUGAGAGAGAGCGGGCCUGACCUUUCAGAGCCAUUGAAGGUCCAGAAAGCCACUUGGAUGGCAGAUGCUACCUAUUGGCCUGGCACAUGGGUUGUCCCUGCCAGUGAACACUCCAAAGGUGACCAUGCAGGAAUUCUUCAGGUGAUGCUGAAGCCCCCAAGAAAUGAGCCAUUAAUGGGAGGGGUAGACGAUAAUAUGAUAGACUUUACAGAUGUGGACAUACGGCUCCCCAUGUUUGUAUAUGUAUCACGUGAGAAGCGGCCAGGCUAUGAUCAUAACAAGAAAGCCGGUGCCAUGAACGCCUUGGUAAGAACAUCAGCCAUUUUGUCCAAUGGCCCAUUUAUUCUCAACCUUGACUGUGACCACUACAUCUACAACUGCAAAGCUAUUCGUGAAGGAAUGUGCUUCAUGAUGGACCGAGGUGGUGAGGACAUUUGCUACAUUCAAUUCCCACAAAGAUUUGAAGGCAUUGAUCCUUCUGACCGGUAUGCCAAUCAUAAUACAGUCUUCUUUGAUGGCAACAUGCGAGCCCUCGAUGGUGUCCAGGGCCCAGUUUAUGUGGGAACAGGCUGCAUGUUUAGACGGUUUGCACUGUAUGGUUUUGACCCUCCACAAGUAGACAAGAUUGGCAAUAAGACCGAGUCAGAGACAGAGACUCAAGCUUUGAAGUCGACAGAGUUGGAUCCUGAGCUGGAGUUGAAUCUACUUCCCAAGCGUUUUGGAAAUUCUACAAGACUUGCGGAAUCCAUUCCAAUAGCUGAGUACCAAGGUCGCCCCCUUGCCGAUCAUUCAGGUAUCAAGUAUGGCCGACCUCCUGGUGCUCUUAGAGUCCCACGUGAGCCACUUGAUGCUGCUAUGGUUGCCGAGGCUGUCUCGGUCAUAUCUUGUUGGUAUGAGGACAAGACGGAAUGGGGUGACCGGGUGGGUUGGAUUUACGGUUCAGUGACUGAAGACGUGGUGACAGGCUAUCGAAUGCACAACCGUGGGUGGCGGUCCAUCUACUGCAUCACCAAGCGUGAUGCAUUCCGUGGUUCAGCACCAAUUAACCUCACUGAUAGACUACACCAAGUGCUUCGCUGGGCCACUGGCUCUGUUGAGAUUUUCUUCUCUAGAAACAAUGCCUUGCUUGGCUCUAAGCGCCUCAAGUUUCUCCAGCGUAUGGCUUACCUAAACGUUGGCAUUUACCCUUUCACCUCUGUGUUCCUUAUUGUCUAUUGCUUCCUUCCUGCACUCUCACUUUUCUCUGGACAAUUCAUUGUCCAAACUCUAAAUGUCACCUUCUUAGUCUACCUGCUCAUUAUAACAAUAUGCCUCGUCACGCUGGCAAUUCUCGAGGUAAAAUGGUCUGGUGUGGGAUUGGAAGAGUGGUGGAGGAAUGAACAGUUUUGGCUUAUUUCUGGAACCAGUUCUCACUUGGCUGCUGUGGUUCAAGGCCUUCUCAAAGUCAUUGCAGGCAUAGAAAUCUCUUUCACAUUGACUUCAAAGUCAGGGGGAGAGGACAUUGAUGAUAUUUAUGCAGAUUUGUACCAUGUCAAGUGGACCUCAUUGAUGAUUCCUCCUAUUGUUAUUGCCAUGUUGAAUAUAGUCGGUAUUGCUGUUGCAUUUUCAAGGACGAUUUAUAGCAGUACCCCCGAGUGGAGUAAGUUUGUUGGAGGAGCAUUUUUUAGCUUCUGGGUGUUGGCUCAUUUGUAUCCUUUUGCCAAGGGUUUGAUGGGAAGGAGAGGGAAGACACCAACUAUUGUGUUUGUUUGGUCGGGUCUCAUCGCAAUAACGCUUUCCUUGCUAUGGAUUGCCAUUAGCCCACCCAAGUGAGGCACAACACAAAACACUGGAGGAGGUUUUCAAUUCCCAUGAGUGCAAAAAUGAUGUGUUGGGUUGGGUUUCAUGUGUCAUGAAAAGAAGAUUAUGGAGAUCAAAAAUACAUAUAUGAAGAAAGGCUUGAGAUGAGAGGAGUUAUCAGUUGAUUUAUUGAUGUAGGGAAGUGAAGCAU